AUGUGAUUGUUCUAAAUUUCAAAUCGGAAACUUUUUUUUUCAUUUAGUUGAACAAAAUUUGAAAAAAGUCUAGUUUUUGUAGAAGAUAUCAAUAUAUAAAUACAAAAAUAUAAAACAUCAAUAAAAAGCAGCUAUUUGCGAAACUGCGCAAAUGAAGCCCAAUCGCAAGGACCCCAUAGCGUCGGUGUGCCCGAAAAAAACCAACACGAUCGGCACAAUAACCGGCGCUGCGGUCGCAGUGGACGCCACGCAGCAUAAUGACGAAUUGCACCUUUAUCGGCUGGAUGGGCAUCAUUGCCUCGACAACGUUGCUGCUGUGCACGGGACUGACCAUGCAGUGGCAUCACGAUGUGGUGCGCUAUCUGAUGUUGGUGUUGCGCAAAUCCGUCGAAAUGGAACGCUCACGCGCAAUGUUGCGACGAGUGGUAUUAACAGUCAGUGUCAGCGCUUAUUUCCUCUCCGCCAUUAAUGUGCUCAUGAAUAUGUUUAUGCUAACCGGCGUGGCGAAGCUGAACCAUAAGCUCAUGCUGCCUUGGCUGCUUUUUCAUGGCAUCAUAUUUGGUCUCUUCGCUCAUAUCGCCUUAUAUAUGACCAUCUCUAGCUUGCUGAUUGACUUCAGAAUCUUCGUUUUGCUACUAGCUUCAUUUACAAUGAUCAUAAUGAUUUUCUACAAAAUAACCUAUGAAGUAUUCAAUCUUUGCAAAACUAUACGUAGAAACCGUUUGACGAAAGAAGAAAAUCUGGUUAAUGAGGAAAGCAAUAAAAAUAGUUAUCUGAUUUUACAAUCUGAAGCUUAAGGAAUCAACGAAAUAAGUGUACAAGUACUACAACCACAUCAAAACAAUGCUUGAAAUAUUAAAAUUAUGUUUGUACUCGUGUAGGACACUCUUUUGAAUUAGACAUUUAACCACUUCCAUAACAAUUCAAAAAUAAACUAAAUUCAAAAAUCAA